AUGCCCGCAAGCUACACUUACUUCGUCUCGGGCGCGUCCCGCUCGCUCGGCCUCGGAUACGUCGAAAAGCUCCUCGCCUCGUCCCCCUCCGUCAAGGUCGUCGCAGGCGUGCGCAACCCCUCCAGCGCCUCGCAACUCGGCGCCCUCGCCUCGAAGCCCGAGAACAAGGGCCGCGUGCUCGUAGUCGCGUUCGACGUCGACAGCGAGGAGAGUGUCAAGGCAGCGGCGGAGAAGCUCAAGAAUGACCCGUUAUUCGAGGGCGGAGUGUUGGACGCGGUCGUCGUCAACGCCGGCGUUUUCGUAGGAGGUCACAAGCCGCCCUCCGAGAUGACCAUGGACGACGUCCGCGCCAACUUCCGCACGAACGUCGAAGGCGCCAUAUACACGGUCCAGUACCUCCUCCCGCUCCUCGAGCGCGGCAAGGGCAGGCAGAUCUUCUUCAUCUCGUCCAUCGUGGCGAGCUUCCAGGAGUUCUACAGCCAGAUGGCCGCCGGCGUCAGCUACUCGAUGAGCAAGGCGGCGCUCAACAUGUACGGCGUCAAGCUGGCGCGCGAACUCGGUCCUAAGGGCUUCACGGUUCUGCUCGUACACCCUGGCUACGUCAAAUCCGACAUGAACAAGUUUGACAACGGCGGCGAGAUCUCGGUCGAGGAAGCAGUCACCGAAGCUACGAACAACGUCUUCCUCCCCGCCAAGCCGGAGUGGAAUGGACGGUACAUCGCAUACACGGGCAAGGACUUGCCCUGGUAG